CUGUUUUCAAGACCCCACACUCACAAGCUAGAGAAGUGAAGAUGGCGGACGUUUUGAGUGUUCUUCGUCAAUACAACAUCCAGAAAAAGGAAAUCGUUGCUAAAGGAGAAGAAGUUAUCUUCGGAGAGUUUUCGUGGCCAAAAAAUGUCAAGACCAACUAUGUUAUUUGGGGAACUGGAAAGGAGGGCCAACCCAAAGAGUAUUACACCUUGGACUCCAUUCUCUUCCUGCUCAACAAUGUGCAUCUUCCUCACCCGUCCUAUGUCCGCAGGGCAGCUACAGAGAACAUACCUGUAGUCAGAAGACCUGAUCGAAAGGACUUGCUCUCGCAUCUCAAUGGAGAAAGUUCUACUUCAGCAAGUAUUGACAGAAGCGCACCCAUUGAAAUUGGGUUGCAGAGACCAACACAAGUCAAAAGGGCAGCCGAUGAGGUUUCAUCAGAAGCAAAAAAGCCACGUAUCGAGGAUGAAGAGCGUGUUCGUCUUGAUAAGGAGCGUCUGGCAGCACGUCUGGAAGGACACAAGGAGGGAAUUGUACAGACUGACCAGAUCAGGUCGCUCUCAGAGGCCAUGUCUGUGGAAAAGAUCGCUGCCAUCAAGGCCAAGAUCAUGGCCAAGAAACGGUCGACCAUCAAAACAGACUUGGACGACGACAUCACCCUCAAACAGAGGAGCUUUGUGGAUGCCGAAGUUGACGUGACCAGAGACAUCGUUAGUCGAGAGCGAGUGUGGCGCACCCGGACCACCAUUCUGCAGAGCACUGGAAAGAAUUUUUCCAAGAGCAUCUUUGCGAUCCUGCAGUCGGUGAAGGCCAGAGAGGAAGGCAGAGCUCCUGAGCAGAGGCCAGCACAGAACCCCACUCAGGCAGACCCAUCCAUAAGAAACAAGCAGCCAGUCCCAGCUGCCUACAACAGAUACGAUCAGGAAAGGUUCAAAGGGAAAGAGGAAACGGAGGGCUUCAAGAUUGACACCAUGGGAACCUAUCAUGGCAUGACCCUGAAGUCUGUGACGGUAAGUUCUUCAAGGGUUUCUCCUUUGGGAAAUGGGUGAUGCUAUGCUACUUAAUAAACAGGAAGUCGCCUGCAGUCCUCGAUAGCAGGGUUAGGAUGAAAGUUGUUACAAACAGGCCAGUCUAUUUUAAGCAAUGACGAAGUUACGCCAUGAUGUAGAUGACAAUCUAUUAUUAAUAUUUUAAGAGUUCUUUUGAAAUGCCAAAGGUUACUCUUGUAUAACCUUUAACCUUAGCUCUAGUUCUUUUUUUUUUUUCCAUUCAGAAACAUUGAAUCUCUCACCUUGUGUUGUAACUGGAACCAGUAUGACUUAAUUAUGUUUAUUGCGGAUGUUAAAUUACACACUUUUUCCACUUUGCAUCGGAAACCUUGCCCUUGCAAGUCACUAAUGAUAUAACUGUGAAACACUAUCAGGCUGGUAGUAUUCAAGCUGUUAUAGUAAAGCUUAUUCACCAUGAUGCACAGGGUGCUCUGUAUGAGUCACUCACACAAGAGCCAGUUUCAUGGCAGAACUUAACUGAAAAGGUCAGGCUUGAUCUCCUGUAGGGGCUUUUAUUAGGCUGUGGCAGAAAGGAUCUUUUAUUUACUUUACUCUGCCUCCAUAUUGAUAUGGCUGACAUUUCAAUUAUUUUCCCAGAUUUCCCUUCGGGAACCUUUUUGAAGGUUCAAAGCAUUGUUUGUUUGAUUAGAGGCCGGUGGUGUUUUGUUUUAAUUUGUUUCUGUGUGUUUGCGGUCAACUGUGUGAUCGGGUAUCAUGGAGGACAUUGCAGGCUUUAUUUGAUAGGUCAAAGAGGAUGGGGGGGCUGAUGCUGUAGCAGUGGGUAAGCUGGAUCAAAGGCAGGAUUUCUUCUUUUCUCUUUGCCUAGUUCUUCUUCAGCAACUACAGAAUGUGUUUGGUUACUUGAGCUUUGGAACAUCAGCAGGGAAUUGAUUAAGCCUCCCAUACAGUGACCUUGUGACGUGAGUGAGUGUGGGAGUUUGCUUAGCCAGUGACUGAGAUGGAUGAUUAUUGGCUUUAAUUACUGGGAUGGUUAUUGAUUUAGGCACAAUUUCAUUAAAGAUUUCCUUCCUGUUUGGACUUUUUUUUUUUUUUAUUAUUAUUUAAAUUGUUUUGAGAUGCUUGGUUUUUAUAGGUUAACCGACCUGUGUCGUUAUCCAUCACUUUGUAACACUGUGAUGUGGAUUUUCUUAUGAUUAUUCUCAUGGUAUUAUUGAUAAAAUGAUUCACGUUAUUCCAAUAUCCAGGACAUCGAAGGAGGACUUUAUCUCUCUUUAGAAGUACAAUUUAUUUAGCUCUUAUAAUAGAUUUACAAAUUUACCACACACUUAGCAUUAACUUUUUUGAAUGCCACCGAAACCAGCUUGUAUUAGCUUGGUUUGCUUUAACUGUAGCACAUGCAGAAAACUUGGCCAAGAAACCAGAUGGUUUCAGUGAAAUGUCCUUGGUUUUAGCUGAUACAUUUCAGGUUGGAAAUAAAAUAAAACCAGUCUUAUUUUGCUCAAGAUUUAUUUUGCUCUUAUAGUAAUAUGUGCAUUGAAAUUCGUACUUUGGACCACAAAACUGAAACGACUUGAAAAAAUAAUCAACAGAUAAUGUCUGAUGCCAUCUUGUGCUUUUGUCUUCUUUUUGUGAUUCCGGUAAUCUGCGAC